AUGGCCGAUUCGGUAGUUCCUCCACCUCCUCGGGAAGAAUUGAGCAAACCGGACCCUCCUAGCGAUCCCACAUCUGUCAAAGGCUUCCACUGGUGGAGGCGUACAUUCCAGUAUAAGACGGGCCUAGGGCUUACCCCAGAGGAGAAGAAGCAGUAUGAAAACGACUAUCGAUUUGUGUUGCAACGCCAGCAAUGCAAACAAUGCUACGACUACAGAGACUGGAUAUUGAAAUAUUCGCCGACCGUAAGGUUUAUGGCUCAGCAAAUAUCGAAGCUGAACGCUAGGAGCAAUGGUGAUGUGCUAACCUUUGAUGAAUCCAAGAUAAUCUGUGACGUCUGUCCAGACUGGAAAAGCGGAGGCUUUCAUCCGGAGCUCGGCAUACUGUUGUGUCAGAACCGCAUACGUGAUAAAUGGCAUCUCGAGGAUACUCUGGCUCACGAAAUGAUCCAUUAUUUCGAUAAUAUGAAGUGGCAGGUAGACUGGCUGAAUCUCAGACACCACGCGUGCUCGGAAAUAAGAGCUUCCUCUCUGAGCGGCGAAUGCCGAUUCUCUCAGGAAUUUGCAAGGAGAGGAUUUGGUUUCGAGAUUAGCAGAGGCCAUCAGGAAUGUGUCAAGAGAAGGGCCACGAUCAGUGUUAUGGGGAAUCCAAACUGUAAAAAUGAGGAGCAUGCCAAAGCGGUAGUUGAAGAGGUUUGGGAUAGCUGUUUUAAUGAUACCAGACCUUUCGAAGAGAUAUAUAGGUAG